AUGACAGAUAAAACUGCCCUGGACGAAAUCGAAAGUAACUGGUAUGCAUCUGCUAAAGAACUUAAUGAUAAUAGCGAACAAAAGAUGAAAUUAGACACUGAAGCACAACUAUUAGAAAAACAACUACGGAAUAUUACACAUAAAGAAAAUGAACUUAUUGAAGCGGAAAAUCAUUUAAAUUUGUCAUUGUACGGUCUUCAACUAUUAAUUGAACAGACUCGUAAAGACUAUGAAGUUAGUCUAGCAAUUCUACAACAGGAGCAAGCUCAAUUGAGAGACGCUGAACAAAAAAUUGAAGCUCUAAGAAAAGAACUUGAUAAAAUCGAAAAUGAACUUAAAAAAAUUGAAAAAGAACUUGAAUUUUCAAAACAGGAAUAUCAAGAAUUAAUGUUAAAACAAAAUGAUUUGAAACAAGAGCUAGAACAAUCGCAAAAACUUAUCGAUCAAUUGAAACUGUUAAUUACAGAAAAAGAGGCUAAUCUACAGAAACAAGAAGGUUAUAUGACUAUUUUCAAAGAAAACAUUGCAAGGUUGAAUCAACAAUUAGAAGCCCUAAGAUUAGAACUACAAAACCUUGUCAGUCAGCUGGCUGCUGAAACUGAAAAGUUGCAACAAAACGAAGUGCAUCUAAGAGGUUUAAAAGAUGACAGCAAGUCGUUAGAAGCUAAGAAACAAGACCUCGAAAAUGAAUGUCGACAGUUAGAAGAUGAACAAGCUAGUAGAAGAAAUGAAUUAAAAACUCUGAAUUCAAAAUUAGAAAAUAUUCAGAGUUUACUACAAAAGACACAAUCUAAAAUCAAUGCCUGUGAAGAUAAUCUCGCAACACAGCAGAAUGAAUUACGAAGAUUAGAAGUGGAACAUGAUAAUUUUGUUAGAAAGGAAGCUGACGCCAGUACUCUCUGCGAUGAAUUACGUGAACGUAAAGAAACUGCUCAGAAAAAUGCAGAAAAAGCAGAGGCAGAAGAAAAAGAAGCUAACCAACAGUUGACACAGUUGAAGCAAGCUGAACGUGAUUUGCAGAAUGAGAAGCUGCAAGCAAAAAGAGAUGAACAAACAGCUCUAUGUGAAAUGAACAAUGCGGAACAAGCAGUGAGAAUGGCUGAAGAAGAAGUUCGUCGUUUGGAAUCGAGGUUAACAAGUCAGCAGGAUACGUUGGGCGGUUUCUGGAAUGGAGUGGGAAAUUUUUUCAACGGGUUGUUCGGUGGCAAUCGUAAACAAAAUCAAGAACGAGCUCUUAGGCAGACACAACAAGAACUAUCACAGGCUAGAAAAAACCUCAAUUCAAAAACACAGGUUCGUGACAAAUGCAAACAGUCACACAAUACCGCUAAAAAUAAAACUGCUGACCUCUCUCGUCGAGCCACUGUAAAAAGCAAUGAACGUGCCAAUCAAGAAAAACUUGUAGAAAACAAAGUAAAUCAAACCAAAACUAAUCAGACUAAACUUGUACAAGCAAGAACACAACAUGCUGAUGCACUGAAAGAACGGACUCAAGUACAAACUGAAUUAAAGUUGAAUGAAAAGCAAAUUACGCGUGUCGAACGAGAAAUUAAUAAGACUUCAAGUGAACUUCAACAACAUCAACAACAGUUCACAAACUAUGAAAGUCAAAAAGAAAAUUUAGAGGCCAAUAUUCAAUUAGUAACGAACGCCAAAAACCAGCUAGACCGUGCAAUUUCCCAACAGAGACAAACGAUAAGAGACAAUCAACAUCAAUUAACACGUGUUAUUGAAGAAGAGAAACAGAUGAAAGUAAUAAUUGAUAAACUGAAACAAAGUGUUGUGUCAAUGAAACAAGUAGUUGGUGAAAAAGAAAACCAAAUAAAAGCUAAAGAACGUGAAAUAACAAAUGAACAUGUUCUAGCUGAUGCAAAGAAGAAAAGUAUCCAGCAGCUGAAGCAAGAUAUUGUUGCUGGAGAAAAAAGUUUAGAGCAACAAAAGCUUCAAUAUGAUAAAAGUACAGCUGACUUGAACAGCUUAGCAGAACGAGUCAAUGUCUUACAAAGGAACAAAACAGUACUUGAACAAGACAAAACUAAAUAUCAAGAUGAAAUUAAGAAAUAUCAACAGAAUCUAAAUGAAACACGCGCUCGUGUACAACAACAUGACAGUCAAGUGAAGAGUUUGAAACAAGUGUCGGAUACUAUCGGUCAACAUGAUCAACGCUUGGCUGAGGAUAUAAGAAAUCUUCAAACAAAGAUUAAUCAUAAAAAACAAGAAAUCAUUGAAAACAAUAGUAAAAUGGCUGACAUAAAUAAAAAAAUGAAUGAUAUUCAACAGGAGAAGAAAACAAUAGUCAAUCGUUUAACGAGCACGAAAAAUAAUAUUGAAAAAAUUGCUUCACAAAUGCAAGAUAAUCAUACAAAACAAAUUGAUUGGCAGAAUGAUUUAGAACUUUUGAGAGACAAUGAAAAACAGUUGAAUGAACAGCUUAACCUCUCUGAACAAAAAUUGCAACAACUCAAACAAGAUGUUGAAACCUAUAAAUUACGUAAAGAAAAUAAAUUCAAUGAAGAAAAAGACAAUCGAGAUAAAAUUGCGGCUAAACUACGUUCAAAUGUAGUUGGAAACGAACAAUGGUUUCGUAAUAAUGAAGAAGCAAAACGUCUCAAGUCGGUCUAUGAUCAGGAAAGAAAGCUUGCAGCGGAUGAAUUGGAACGUGCUCAAACUCUCUACAAAAAACACAAUGAAUACCAUCUGAGACUCGAUGCAAAGAAAGCCAAUGUCCACGAUCAACGUAAAAAUUUAGAAUAUCUUGUUACUUUGAACUUAGAAGAUCAACAAAAAAAGUUGUCAGUGAAAUAUGGUCGUGGACUUUUGCUUUAUGGGCCACCAGGAACAGGAAAAUCUGAGUUACUGAAGAAGGUAGCUAUCUAUGCCGGUAUAACAAUGAUUACACCACCAUUAGCCGCUGGUGAACUGAAUAGACCACUGGUCGGUGAAACUGAAAGACUUCUCGUUGAUAUAAUGCACCGUGCUGUUGAUCUACCCUAUCUAAUCUGUGCAAUGACAAUUGAUGAAAUUGAUGGUCUUGCACCGAAACGAGAUAAUAAAGCGCAACAAUCAAAAGUUGAUGGUAUCUCUGUCUUACUCUCACAUAUUGAAGGGGUAAAGAAUAUACCGAAUCUAAUUGUUUUCGGCGCUACAAAUCGUCGUAAUAUGAUGGAUGAAGCAUUCCUUAGAAGAAUGCAAGCAAAAGUCUUUGUUGGACGACCAUCACCGGGUAGUCGUGAGAAAAUGUUAAAUCCACUUAUUAGUAAAGAUUCUAAAAUUUUCCAUUCUAAACGAAUUGAAUCUCUUAAAAGAAUUACAACAAAUUUUAGUGGUGCUGCUGUUAGUGCAUUGAAAUCAGCUAUUAUUGUUGAAAUGGAUCGUAAUUCAACUAUUGAUGAUCGACGACUUCUUGAAUUGGCAGCUAUUGUAGCAAGAGAAUUUAAUGUUUGGUUUGGUAUUAGUACUCUACCAGAUAUAUGUCGUUUGAAUCCAACAAUAUUUUAUUCGGAAAAAAAUACUGAAAAUUAUUCUUUAGCCUUAACGAACUUUUCGCCAUCAGGACGUAUUCUGAUUGAUUAUCAGUCGAAGAAAUGUCUCAUUGAACUGACAAAUGCAGCAACGUUAGAAAAAGAACUUGACACAUAUGAAACAUCAUCUACUCUCUCACUUUUACCACGUCUCAUUCAAGAUUCGUUGAUCAAUGAUAUUGAAUUUAAAAAAACUACAGAACAGAUAAAAGAGGAACAAGAGAGUAAGGAAAAAAGUCAAGAAGGUGAACGUCCACGUAAAUGUCCAAAAUGUUUGCAAAAUUAUCUACCAAAAGAUGCAAAGUUUGGUGGUUGUCAGUAUCACAAUGCUUUUGUUGUUGAUAUCGAUCAACCAACUAUCUAUCUAACAGCUGAACAAGCACACAUUAUCUAUCAAAAUGCACAAUUGAAGAAAGAAGAAGAGGAUAAAAGUUCUUCUGUUAAGCAACACCAGAUGCCAAAACUUCUUUGGGCAUGCUGUCUACGACGUUAUGGUAGUGAACAUGGUACAUGUGAAUUAGGAACUUGUGGUCUACCUGAAGAGCUACAAGAGACAGUUAGUAUGAAAACUGAUGACUAUAUAAAAAUUGUCCAGGAACAUUUCUUGAAGAAUCAAAAAGCUAUUGACAAAAUAAACAAUUAUUUGGGUCAACAAUCACAAAGAGCAGUGUCCAUCACCUCGUUGCCUAGUGCUCCUACUAUUCGUCAACCAUCACGUACCUAUACACUAAAUACCGGCAAGUUCAAUUAA